ACAGUCUAGAGUAGGGGCUCAGUGCAAGCUGUGGGAACUGAAUGAAGUUGAAGGUAGGAGGACAGAGAAAGCAGGAAGCUGUGACAGCAGGAGGCUGUGAUGGGGGCAGGUGGGCAUGGGUGGUGGGGGAUCAGGCACCUCCAAGGCUUCAUCACCAGGGGGUUGCUUUCAAAAAUGGACUGGGACUUCUCUGGCCUCAGCUGCGAAUCACCGUUGGACUAGUCCACGGGCAAGGGAGUUUCCUAACCAGGCGUGCCAGUCAUGCGAAAAUGCAGACUAGGUAAGGGAAGGGGAUUGGAAAUUAGAUAGUCAGAAUAAGGUCUUGAGGGGGUGAAAAUUUCCUCCCAGAAGGUCUCUGAUGGUUCUGGUGUCCUGGGCACCCAGAAUAAGUGUGUCACCGUUUGUCCUGAAGCUGACUUCUCUGAGCUGGAUGGCACCCUGGACAUCAACCGGCCCUUCACCUUCACCUCACACAGGAGGGACACUGGUCCAUAGACAGCAUGCCUGCUCUGGUCACCAGCUGGAGGGUGGCAAACCUUGGGUACCUGAGCUUUGGACGCCACACAGAGCACUUCCUCAGUCCCUCCUGCUGCCCCUGGCAGGGUGGAGCUGGCAGGGAGACCCUGUGCGCUUGGCUGCCGGCGCGCUGGAUGUCCAGGGUGCCCUCGGGGCGGCCGGGGCAGAACACGGCCGUGUGCACCUCGACGGCGGGGCUGUGCGGCGCGAGGACUUGGCUGAGCAGGCCUCCAUGCGGCGGCGCCCCUCGGCCGCCUCCUCCUGCCGCGGCUGCACCACAAUCCCCACCAGCGCGGCGGGCGGGCGUCGGUCCCGGGCGCGCAGCUGUUGCAGGAGCAGCUGCAGCCGAGGCAGCUGCGUGAGGAGCGCCGGCGCGCGGCACAGCACCAGGAGCAGCUGCGCGCCCGGCUCGUGCGGGUGCUGCGGCGCCCGGCGCCCAGACGCUGUGUCCUCCGCCGCGGAGUCGGGGGUCCCAGGAGGGGCCCCAGGCGCCUCGCGCGGGUCCUCGGCCUUGGGCCCGGAGCACCGCGGCUUCUUGUUGAAGCGCUUGGACUUCGUGGCCGGGCAGUCGUCGCGGUUCAUUGAGCUGUCGCCCGAGCGCUUGGGCCGCCGCGCGGUGCAGUUGCUGGCGCUGGUGUGGCCGCUCCUGGCUGCGGCGGACGAGGGCCCCGGGAGCUGCUCGGCCUCAGCGUCCACCGGAAAGCUCUGCAGGCUCGGGCCGUCCUCAUCCUGCUUCCAGAGCUCGCUGAUCAGUAGCACCUGGCCGUGGCCCUCGACAGACUGGGCCGGAGCCUGUGGCUGCGCCUCCGCCUUCCUCUCCUGGGGGGCCCUGCAGCGCUGGGCCCCAGGCCGCUGCUCCAUGUCCGGUCCGGCUCCCUCGCCCCUCUGGACUCGGGCCUCGGUUGGGAGGGAAAAUGUCUCCGGAGCAUGUCACAAUACCCCUGAGCCCUACCUUUUCCUGUCGUGGCCAAGCACCUCCGCCCCACUAUUCCUUGGAAAUCUAAUAUAUAGGAAGUUGCUGUUGGACGCUGGUAUAACGCUGGCUGUGUUCAGUUUCUCCAUUUUCUACUUCUGUGGUUUCAAAAUGUGCAUCCUUUUAUACCGUGGAUGA